AGUACCCAAUUGGCGCCCAAUUUUUCCAGCCCUGGUGUGGGCGUGUUUAUAGAGAAACCGCGAUACCGUCGAAAGGAACGGAUAAACCCGGAAGGAAACGAAAGAGUCGCGCAAGUGUCACACAAUUGGCUUGACGCAAGUGGAUAUUUCUUACCUAACCUCCUUAGAAGAAAAAUUUUAUUCUCUUCGCGCUGUUUACAUAUAUAUAUAUAUCCCCUCUGUCGCGAUUUAUUCGCGAUAUUUCGUUACAAAUUGUUCGUGAAUGAAUUUUUGAAAAAAAAAAAAAAAAAAUUUCACCCGCUUGGAAUGUCGAAGGGGUUCGAAAGUCGGGCGGAGAAUUCGAUAAAAGAUACCAGGCCGCCUGUGAAGGAUUCCGUGCUGGAACUGAGGACGAGAAUGGCACGAAUGAUGUCCAUCGUUGAUAUCACCCCACGCGACAGACGUUUGAUGGCGGGCCAGGAUCCAAAAUUUCAGAAGGAGGCAGCGGACCAAAACUUCGAUUACAUGUUCAAGCUGCUGAUCAUUGGGAACUCGUCUGUUGGUAAAACAUCCUUCCUGUUCCGCUACGCGGACGAUUCCUUCACCUCGGCCUUCGUAUCGACCGUAGGCAUCGAUUUUAAGGUGAAAACGGUUUUCAGACACGACAAAAGGGUCAAGCUACAGAUCUGGGACACUGCAGGUCAGGAAAGAUACAGAACAAUAACGACGGCCUAUUACAGAGGCGCGAUGGGCUUCAUCCUAAUGUACGAUAUCACGAACGAGGAGUCGUUCAAUUCGGUGCAAGAUUGGGUAACGCAGAUCAAGACGUACUCGUGCGACAACGCCCAGGUGAUCUUGGUCGGUAACAAGUGCGACAUGGAGGACGAAAGGGUGAUCACUACCGAGAGAGGCAAGCAAUUGGCGGACCAAUUGGGCGUCCAGUUCUUCGAGACGUCGGCCAAAGAGAACAUCAACAUUAAGACGGUGUUCGAGCAAUUGGUGGACAUUAUAUGCGACAAGAUGAGCGAAUCCCUGGACAAUGAUCCGACCCUGAUCGCGGGCGGAAUGGGCCAGGCGAAGGGCCAACGGCUCACCGACCAGCCGACGAAUCCAACAGACGACAAUUGUAAUUGCUAAGAACGUGGACGCCCGUCCACGAUCGCUAAGCCAAGAGAAAUAUUAAGAAGAACGAUAAUCGACGAGAAGAGUAAAAAAGAUAAGGAGAAAAAGAAGAAGAAGAAGAAGAGGAAGAAGGAGAAGGAAAAUAAAUAUUAUAGAAGAGAAACGCGUGUAUGUCUAUAUGUACAUGUGUGCGUAUGAACGCUGUAUGCGUAUGUGACCCGUGUGUAUCCAUAGUGUAUACAUGUAUGCGUGUGCAUGAAGAGAGGCGAAAGCGCGAAAGAGAGGUAAGAGGAGGAGAAGGAAGGAAGGAAGGUCGAGCGAUAAACACUGGCACUUCUGUUUACUUUGCUUCUUUCUCGCCUUUGUUUUUUUUUCCGCCCGUUCUUCGUUCCGCUCUUUUUCUUCCCUCCUUUCUCGAUCGAUAUAUUUAUAUAUGUACACAUAAAAUAUUAUGUAUAUGCGCAAGGGCGAACUGCGAAACUAUCGAUUGUUCGAAAAAUUUCACUUCGAUAAUUUUAAGAGGUGAAUUCUUCUUAUUUUCGAACAUCUUAUUUUUUUUUUUUUUUUAACGAUUUAAAUUUCAUUCUCUUCGACCCUUUGUUUGUUUUGAAUUAUAAUGGAAUGUUAGGUAAUAUGAUCCAAGUUAUAUUGUUGACGUUCGAGCACUUGGCAGAUUAGAGAAAAGCUCGAGUUUUUUUUUAUAUAAUAAAUCUCUCCUUUUUUUUUUUUUUUUUUUUAAAUAAUCGUUCUGACGUUCGAAGAUCGAUUCACUGACUCACUAUUUAUCAGUCACGCGAUUCGCCUUGUAUAAUACGUAUAUAAAUAUGUAUGACGAUUGUAGCCUGAUUACGCGGAGGUGUCAUCGAGCUAAUCCGAGUCCGAUCACGAGCAGACGUUGCAGCUUUUGUUUAUAUUUUUUUUUUCACCUUGGGUUCGACGGGGAAAAGUCGAAAAGAUGGAUUUCAGGGAUAUUCGUGAAAGAUGAGCAUUUGCAAACAGCGAAUUCUGAAUCGUUCGUGACAAGAAAAAGAAUUAAAAAAAAAAACGCGUUUAAAUUUACCGCCUUUUUCGCCUGCACGAUUUGAUUUCCAAUUUCUUUCUCGCUUUCUUUUUUUUUUUUUUUUUUUUUUUUUUAAAAAGAAAAAUUACAUCAUUCGGGAGAAGGAAUUGGCGUAUUUUUGAGAAAUUAAUCAAAUCUCUCCAAGUUUUUCGUUUUCUGCUCGAUUAAUCGACGAAAAAGCUGGACAAUAAGCGAGAGAGAGAGCGCGAACCGUUCGAAGCGGGUCGAAAAGAGAAAGGAAAGAAUUCUUCUCGAUUUCACUUCGAACGAAAGAUAAGACGGACGAACAUUCGAACGAAGCAGAACGUUGUCGUCCCUUCAGAGACACAACUCGAGAGCGAACUGAUACAAGGCGUCAUCUUUUCUUCGAUCUCCCUCAUUUUUUCUUUCUUUCUUUCUUUUUUUUCAUUUUCCAUCCUCUUUUCCCUCGAUCAGUUCGUUCCGGAUCUCUCUCGAAUUAAAUUUAUCGAGAUCCCCCCUCGAAGGAGUUCGAUCCAUCGGAGAAUUGACAAAACGUUGACGACUUUAAGCGCACCUUAAAUCGAACAUCUGAAAUUCUCGACCGGGAAGCGAAUAAGGAUUUUAGCACCGUCCACGCUUGAGAAAUACACACACACAAUUUUUAUUAUAUACAUAUAUAUAUUAAAGAAGAUACGAUUAAAAUAAAAUUCACGUGGAAGAUCUCUGCGUAACUGAAAUUUAGCACUGAUGACUCGUCGUUUCCAUCGAUGAUAAGAUAAGAUCAUUUCUUUUUUCAAGCGUGUUCGAGGCUUCGACUCCCCUGUCGACGCAACAACAACAACAACAACAAGUUUUAGGGCAAUUCUGGUAACGAGAAAAAAAAGGAAAAACAAAAAGCAAAAAAAAAAGAAAGAAAAACAAAAAUUGAAAAAAAAAAAAAAAGUCGAAAUAUAUCUGUACGUGUUGUAUUCUCAACAGGCGUUUCCUUUCCCUUCUCGCAAGGGGGGGGGGAGGGAGGGGGGGAGGGAAGCGUGCUCGUGUUUUUUUUUCACCACAAGAGGAGGCUGAUUCUCCCUCGAACCUAUCUGUUCUCGACGACGUCGAUCCGAUGCACAAUAUCUUUUAAAUAUCUUUUCGAAUCCUCCUUGAAGGCUCGUUCAAAAAGGCUCGAGCGCACCUGAGACGAUGUUAAUAGAAAUUGUUCGGCGACGGCUGAAGUACGAGUUGACGUGGACGCUCGAAAAGCACGAAAGAAGUCUCGUCGUCCCGUGGAUUCUCGAGAGAAAAAAAAAAAAAAAAAAAACGUUCAACAUUCCUCGGCGUCUUCCUCUUCUCGGGAGGAGGAAUUCAUUUUUUUUUUUUCCCCCUCCCAUCUCGAGACGAUCAUUUGUUAUAAUCGUGAGAUUUUUUAUUUUUUUUUUCGAUCGAUCGAUCAACAGCUGGGGGAGCUUGAACGUGAGCUAGAAUUAAAUUAUUCGCGCGAGAUUAAAUAAUUCUCAGGUGAGAGAAGAUUUGUAAUUGUUUAACAAAAAAUGCGUGCGGUUAACAACGCUGAAGUGAAUAGCAAAAAUUAUUGGAAAUUUUCUAAGAAGUAUUAUUGUAGCAAAAUUAUUCCGUAAAUAAUUGAUAGAGAGAGAAAGAGAAUGAGAGAGUGAGAGAGAGAGAGAGAGAAAAUUAAAAGCGUAGAAAGAAAUGGAGAUUUGUUAAAUUUUGUAAAAAAAAUUAGGAAACCGAAGAAGCGAGGAUUCUUUCUUGUUGUUCUCCCAAUUGUUUUACCAAUCGCGUGACAAUAAGAGAAGAAGAAUUUGUUUCGGAUCGAUCGGAAGGUGGGGAGCAUGCCGGCCAUUUUUGCUUGCUCGCGCAUGCUCGAUGCCCCCCCCCCCAUUUCUCGAGACGAUCGUAACGAUAAAUUUAACCGAGGCUCGCACGAUAAUGCAGAGAGAGAAUCGAUGUUCGUUGUUGGCAAGCUUUUUUAUCGACGGGUCGCAAAACCACAGGGACUUUAACUUCCGAGAGAAACAAUCAUACACCAUAGCAGAGAGUAUCUCGUAUCUUCGUGUCACUUGUGGACAACAAACAUCCAUGUUUCGAUGUUUGGAAAAAAGCAAAUUAUACGGGGCAUUCGUUGAUUUUCUUCGUUGUAACAUGUGAAACGAAAGGCUUACGAAGGCCGAAAAACGGCGUUUAUUUUAAGAUUUUUUUAAGCGUUCCACGAUAUACAUAUAUAUAUAUAUAUAUAUAUAUAUAUAUAUAUAUAUACAUCGUAUUUUGACCAUGAAUAGAUAUAAAAGGAGAGGAGCAACAAUGCGCGCAUCGAUAUUUGGCGUCAAUUAUCAUCGAAGAAAAAACAAAAAAAGAAAAAUAAACAAAUAAAUAAAAAAAAGAUAAGCGUCCAAUCCGAUUACUUCAGUCGUUGCUCGGCGUUAAAAACCUACUAGGCAAGCUGCCCUCUGUACAUAAAGAAAUAUAUAUAUAUAUAUAAAUACCUAUUAUAUAUUAUAUAUAUAAAUAUAUAUAUAUAUUAUUGAAUCUGUAAUGAAAAGUGUACUGUAAGCGUUAAUUAUUUCGUGUCAACUCAGAUACGAUUCACUAAGUCGCGGAAAUUGCAGCCUGCGCGCCAUCGUGUAAUCGAGAAUUAAAAGAAAUUAUAAGAGGAAAAAAAAAAAAAAAA